GAAACCGUGCCAACGACGAAGAUGUAUGCGCAUGCGCGUGAAUUUCUGCUGGACGUUACAGAACCCAGCCAAUAAUUUUUCACUUUUUGUUCGAGCUGCGCAUAUUACGAGGGAAAAUGGCACGCGUCUUUAACGAGAACGACUGCAAAGUGUACGUUGGAAAUUUGGGCAACUGUGGCGAUGACGAAGAAUUAUAUUAUGCAUUCAGUCAAAUUGGUGAAGUGUGCGACGUAUUUGUGCCACGAAAUCGUGGUUAUGCAUUCGUUGAAUAUUACGAUCCCAGAGAUGCGAUUGAUGCAGUUCGAUUCCUCGAUAAUCAGUUAAUUUGCAAUCGUUGGGUUAGAGUGGAGAAGUACAAGGAAAAAAAUAUUCCCGAUCCGAACGCGUAUGUUGUAUGUACAUUUUGCGGUCAUUUUGGGCAUCAAAACUGCAAUCCUAACAGGCGCACCGGUCGUCGUAGACGGGCUCGUGCACGUAAUCCUGCUCAACCUUCACAAGUUGCACCUCAACGUAUCUCUAGUGGUCCAGUGUUUUAUUGCCAUGGCCCUAUUACUGUAUCCAAUCAAUCUGCUGCAAGUGGUAGCAGAUCUUCAAGUGCUGGAUGCUCAAAUGUAAACAAUGCUGCCCCUACACGUAAACCAAAUAAUGCAUCAUCAUCUUCAGCACUGUCACAGCAACAAGCACAUAAACCAACAGCUCAACCAAAGAAGAAUAUAAUUUACAAGAAUCUUUCUGGAUUUAAGUCUCCAGAAGAUUUUAUGAAAUUGUCCGUGGCUAAACUCAAAGAACUUUUAACUGCAAACUCCGUUGACUACACGGGAUUCUUGAAAAGGCUGAAUUCAUUGAACAUGCAAUUGAUUUAUGGAUUCAUUUCAACCUUCAAAAAGACCAUGGUAAACAAGAAGCGAAAGCUUCUUCUUCAAAAGUAGACAAUUCGGACAAUGAUCUGUGCAAAAUCUGCAUGGACGCUCCACUCGACUGCGUCCUGCUAGAAUGUGGCCACGUAGUCACCUGCUAUAAAUGCAGUGACCGCCUUGCUGAGUGUCCCAUCUGCAGGAAACUCGUGACUAGAGUUGUUAAAACUUACAGGUCUUAAAUGUGCCAUAUUUGAUUUUAUAUAUUGAUACACUUUACGUAAACAUAUUCAGAUGAGAACAUGUAUUUUUGAUGUAAUGUUUAAACAGAUGUUAUGAGAA